AGGUCUACACCUGUUGUAUUCGGCGCACGUGACAAACUUUGAUUUGAUUUGACUACAAGUGUGCCAGGACUUCCUGGAAAGUUUGGAACACAAUGAGAGACAUUGCCUUGUAAACACAGCCAUCCCCUAACAGAACAAGAGUGGCUGGAGUUCAUCCACAAUUACUACCUGGUUGUCCAUGAUGGUGUAGAGAUAGAGGACCGUGUUCACUAUGUGGACAGCUGUCAGGCCAUGUUGCGGAGGCUUUGUGAGGUCAGUCCAUAGUUCGACACAGACAGAAUCCACAACAUAUAGAUCGUCAAACAUGGGGCCAAGUCCUGACGCAGAGGUGUGUGUGUUCCAAGAGGAGAAGAGACGUGACUUUAUUUAAGUGUGUUUAUUUGAUGAUACUUACAGUGUAAGCCUACGGUUACCUUGUUUGUGGGACUCUUCCAUGUCCCUCAUGUGUGCCAAAAGGCUGGAUGACAUCCUGAAGCUGGUGGACAGUAAGUGGGUGGUGCAGAAGUACCUGGAACACCCGCUGCUGGUUCACUGCACCAAGUUCGACCUGCGCCAGUUGUUUCCUGUGACUGACUGGAACCCUCUUACUGUCUGGUUCUAUAAGACGUGCUACCUAAGCUUCUCCUCCCUGCCCUACUCAGUGGAGACACUAGACACCUCUCCCUCCAGUUCUCAGCAUCACUCAGAGGUUCCUGAGGACAACAUGUGGACGUGUGACCAGUUCCGGGCCUUCCUAUCUGGGCAGGGCCAAGCAGCACAGUGGGGGGUCUCUGGUGGUCCCGGGGAUGAAGAAGGCUGUGGUCUGCAGACUGCUCAAGACCUGGUGGAGUCAAGCAGAGGCAGCUUCGAACUCUACGGAGCCAACUUCAUGCUAGGUGUGAAUUAUGUCACCAUAGAAUUAAGAGUUAGAAUAGUAGAGUCGAUGCCCUGGCUGAUAGAGAUCAACGCCAGCCCCACCAUGGGCACCUCUACAGCAGUGACAACACCCCUGUGUGCUGCUGUGCAGGGGGACACUCCCUGGGUGGUCCUGGACCUCCGGCUGGACCGAGGGGUACACACUGGGGGCUUUCAGCUGAUAUACAAACAGGUGAGAUGUGUGCCUUUUAUUGAGGAAAGGGUAGUUUUAAUGCAUUUAUUAAUGUCAUUUUGUUUUUGCAAUGUUUAUUCUAUUACGGACACCUUAACACAUACUUUUAACUUAUAUUAUGCAAGUUAGAACUUGACAUUUUAUGUUAUGUUACUGUCCCCAUUACAACAACAAAAAUACUUAAAUGCAUGUAAUUUUGUCUUUAAAACGUUUAAUUGAAAUACUGUAGAAUUCCAUUAAUUCCUAUGGAGGACUGUUUCUCUGGGGAGUGCCAAUAUGGCCGACCAUUGACCAAUACAUAGCAUCAGCAAUCCAGGGUUUAUUGGUGCUUUAAAGAUUGGGAACUAGGGGAAAAAACUAACAAAAAAAACAGGUCAUGACGUCAGCGAUCUUCAGGUCAGAAAGUCGGAGUUCUAGAAA